UACUUUUUCCCAACCUUCGGUGCAUCCGCCAUUUUAACAUACGGGACAUUAACAGAAGUGUUGAGGUUUUAUGUUUUAAUCGUUGAUACAAUCCUCGUAAAAAUUGAAUAAUUCAUUUUAUUAGUGGAAAAAGGUAUUUAAUCAACAUCAAUCAUGGGGAAUAUGUUUGCGACGUUAUUCAAAGGCCUCUUCGGCAAGAAAGAAAUGAGAAUCCUCAUGGUUGGUCUCGAUGCAGCCGGUAAAACGACAAUUCUGUACAAAUUAAAAUUAGGUGAAAUCGUAACGACGAUUCCCACUAUAGGCUUCAAUGUAGAGACUGUGGAGUAUAAAAAUAUUAGCUUUACUGUAUGGGACGUUGGUGGUCAAGACAAAAUCAGACCCCUCUGGCGACACUAUUUCCAAAACACGCAAGGAUUAAUUUUCGUGGUGGACAGCAAUGACAGAGAACGUAUUGGGGAGGCACGCGAAGAGUUGAUGCGAAUGCUGGCCGAGGAUGAACUCAGAGAUGCUGUACUCCUAAUAUUCGCUAACAAACAGGAUCUCCCAAAUGCAAUGAACGCAGCUGAGAUAACUGAUAAAUUGGGACUCCACUCGUUACGCAAUCGUAACUGGUAUAUCCAAGCAACGUGUGCCACAAGCGGUGAUGGCCUAUACGAGGGUCUUGAUUGGCUCUCAAAUCAGCUUAAGAAUGCAAACCGCUAAUCCCCACUACGAUUAAUUAAUUGAUUCCUCCAUUUUAAAUCGAGAUGAAAAAAAAACAUGAAAAAAGUAAAAAAAACAUUAUCACGAUCAUUAAAAAAAUGACAAGAAAUCGAUGAAAUAAAACACAGGAAAUCUAUUUGCGAACGGCUCACACCGACCUAUGCCCCCUCCGAUGAAGAAAGAGUACAAAAAAUCCAAGAAAUUUACAACAAUUUCAAUAGAAACAAGAUCAACAGAAACUUUAAUUGAGAAAAACGUGAUGAGUUCAGUUUUUCAUUUUAGAAAUCGUCUUAUAUCUCGAAUACCGUGGGGUUUAGGGGAAAAUACCUCGGGACCUUUUUUGUAGCUGAGAAAAUUUCCGACAGAAAAUGUCCAGUGGCAUUUUCCCCCGGGACCACUCCCGACCGAGAUAACCCCAUUUAAAAACGUGACAAAACGAUUUUUUACGGUUUUCUCACAGAAAAAUCAAUCCAAGAUACUUUUUUUUCAUUAGGAAUUAUUUAAAAGGGCGGGGGGGGAGGUUUAGUGACAUCUAGGGAUCCUAGGGAAAUUGGGGAAAAAAUUAAUAAACAUCGAGAAAAAAUUUCAGAUAUGGAGAAUGUGGAAUUUUUGGGUUUGAAAAAUAGAAAAUAAUGAAGAAUUAUUGGGAAAUUGUGAGAUCUUUGAGAGACACUUGUGGGUGGCAUGACUGACUCUCAAUAUCCACAAUAAUUAUUUUAUAAUUUUGUCCUUAUUUCUCUUCAGUAAUUUAACGAAAAAUUAAGACAAAUUACAAAAAAAACAUUGUCCAUUAAAUCUUAUAAUUAUUAAUUAUUAUUAAUUAUUGUAUUAUUAUUAGCAUUAUAGUUACAACUUUUUACACAUGAAUUUAAUGAUUAUGCGCCACUUGGAGUGGAUGAGAAUAAUAAUUGAUUAUCCGGAGAAUAUUAUGAUCAUUUUUUUCAUUGUAAUUUAAAAAAAAAAAUUUUUUUUUUCUUUUUCUGAUCUUUCGUGACAUAAAUUUGAGAUGAAAAUCAA